AUGGCUCCUAAGUCCUCCCCCUCCAGUUCCACGAACAACAAAAGAAACAAAAACUCCCUCCCCAAGUCCUCCACGUCUGUCCCGCAGAUCGACCCCUCCAGCUCCCUCACGCCCGAGGCCUUCGAGCGCGAGCUGCAAGCGCUCGCGGCGAAAGCCAAGACCGAAACCCGGGGCAAAUGGGUGCGCGAGCAAGCCAGCGUCUACCUCAAAUCCGCCGCCUUGCUCACCCUCAGCGCCGUCUACUCCACCGUCUCCCAGCUCGCCCUCUCGCCCGUCUACGGCUCCAUCCCGUCCGCGCGAUGGCACGUGAAGCUGCUCAUGGCGGCCUGCUUUGCGGGCUGGUCGUCCAACCUGUUCCUGAAUCGGGCGCUGCCGUGUAGGACCGAGCACCUGCUGCCCGUGAUCGCGCUGUGCGUGCCCGCGGUGCAGUUCCUCUUGGGCAGCGUCAGCGGGCUGCUGACGGCCACCUGGGGCCCGCUGGUGACCGAAGCCGUGACGCUGUUUCCGCUUGUGGCGCUGUCGGCGGCGUGCGUCGCUACGUAUCUGGACCUGGCGGAUCUGUCGGCGCUGCCCGGGUGGUUGGCGGAUGCUGUGCCGGGUUUGGGGUCGUACGGGUUCUUUAGGGCGGCGGAGAAGGUGAUGGGAGGGCUGGUGGAGCGGAAUGUUGGGCGGACGCUCCUGAACACCAGGCUGGGCAUGGAGAUGCUGCUUGGGGCGUCGUAUGCGUUGUAUGCGCCGUCUAAGUUGCUGGCGUGGACGGUGCCGGCACUACUGCACACGGCGCUCCUGAAUACACAUGUCCCAACGCCAAUGGCGCUUUCGAGGCUGAACAGCGGCAUUGAGCCGGCUGGGUAUGUUGUGUUGGAUAGGGCCGAGUCUAUCACAGGGUACGUCUCGGUGAUUGACAGCCCUAAGCAUGGAUACCGCGUCAUGAGAUGUGACCACAGUCUGCUGGGCGGCGAGUGGGUUAAGUUCCUGGGGCUGCCACAAUUCAAGGGGAAUCAGGUGGCCGAGCCUAUCUACGGUGUAUUUGCCAUGCUCGAGGCCGUCCGGCUGGUGGAGACACCAAGCCCCAUCCUCGACAACGAGGCAAAGGCCCUCGUGAUAGGACUCGGCAUCGGGACAACGCCAGCGGCUCUGGUAGCCCACGGCAUCGACACCACGGUGGUGGAACUCGACCCGGUGGUGCACAAGUUUGCCUUCAAGUACUUCCAGCUCCCCAGCAACCAUACCGCCGUUAUCGAAGAUGCGGUGAGCUACACCUCUCGCCUCGCCGCGGACGAGAGCGCAGUUCGUUUCGACUACAUCAUCCACGACGUCUUCACGGGAGGCGCCGAGCCCAUCGCUCUCUUUACACUCGAGUUCCUGCAGAACCUGAACUCCCUGCUCAAGCCAGACGGCGUGGUUGCCAUUAACUACGCAGGCGACUUCGCCCUCCCGCCACCUCGCAUCGUCGUCAACACGAUCAGGACCGUCUUCCCGACCUGCCGCAUCUUCCGCGAGCACCCGCGCGACGAAGACGACUUUGCUAAGACCGGCCGGGACUUCACCAACAUGGUCAUCUUCUGCACCAAACAGCAGCGCCAGCAGAUCUCGUUCCGCGCUCCGAACGAGAGGGAUUUGUUGAACAGCCCGUCGCGGCAGCAUUUCUUGCUGCCGCAGCACGAGGUGAGGGAGGCGGACUUUGUCGAGGGGAAAGAAGGGGAGGGGAUUCUGAGGAGGAACGAGACGGGGCGGUUGGUCAAGUGGCAUGAGAUGAGCGCGUUGGGGCACUGGGCUGUGAUGAGGACUGUGUUGCCGGAAGUUGUCUGGGAAGCUUGGUGA